AUGGCUGCUGACAUCAUGGAGGCCGUUUGUGCAUACGCAGCCACUGGACCACAAAGCACCAUUGACCAAGUGCUCGAUCCAGAGACCACAUGGCAGAGCCAAAUGAUGAUAAACCGCCUUAACCUCACCCCAGAAGAAUGUGUCAAAUACUGCCCGCGGGUCUAUGCCAUCUGCCAAGAAUGUGCCGUGUGGAUUGUUCACGGCAUCCUGUGCACGGCAACGGCUCAGCCACCCAGAUUCUGCCUCGACAUUCUUGAGAGGAAGCCCAAAAUCCUGGACCAGCUGUUUGAUUGCGCUGUUCUUGACCGGCCGCCGUGGUAUCCAGAGACGAGGGUUCCAGACAUCGCCAGCGAGACGCUCACUCUACUAUUUCGGUGGCCAAACUACGUUGUUCCAGGAGUCGAUGGCCCAGCGGACAGGGUAUUCAAGGCUCAGGAUUGGAAGACUAUGACACAGACUAUGGCUAUCCUCACCUCUAGACCAGACUGGGUUGAGAGACUCGUCGAGGUGCAUAUGCAUAUCCAGGAAGAAGACUUGAGGAAAACUCGCAUACAUUGGCAACGGGUGGGCCGCGAUUACGGUGCGAUUGUUCCCCCAGAUGACGAUGCCUUUGAUAGGGUUUUUGAAUCACGCGGCGCCACCCGAGCGUGCAACCUCCGCCUGAUCGCCACACUCACUCACGCCGCCGAUGCCUGCAACAUGUCCAACGCUCAAGUCGAAUCCCUUCUGCACGUCGCUUACAACGGCUGUCGCAAAGUCGACACCUCCCCAGGCGAACAGAACACCUUCAAUGUCAUCGAGAACACCCAACACGUCUUCCGCCCGCCCCCAUUGGCCACAAUUAUGGACACGACCGUUGAUGAUCCGGUCUCUAUACCUCCCGAGUACAUUGGCGGCCCAAUUGCACUCUUGCGGCUGUACGCUGUGCUUGCGCAGCGCAAUGCGCUGGACGGCGUCCAAGCGCUGCGAAAGCCGCCGAGUGGUCUGUCUCCGUCGGCGUCGCUCAAACAAAUCCAGCAGAUCACGCAUCCAGGUAUCAUCCGUCGCGUAAUCAACAUCGCGCAAGCACGCUUAUGGGCGCGGGUGGAUGAGGGCCGCAAGACACUCGCGAGAAGGGAGAACGACGGAAACGACGUGAAUGACGCCUGCGCCAUUUUCAUGAGCGCAGCGGAGCUUGCGGCCGUGUUGAUAGCGCUGGACAAGCAUACGAGUGGAGCAUACGCCGAUGAGAUGUGGGGAACAAGGAGGCAGCUUGUGAUUGCUUUAGGGAAUGCGUCGCAGAUGGCGCUGACCCUCAAGCAGUAUCAGCGAGCGUUUCAUCUCGCGUCAAGUGCGGUUAGCGCAGCGGAGGAUAUACCAGCGGAGGAAGGGCUAGAGCCAGAGAUUGUGGCUAAGAACAAGCGACGGAUGGCCAAUGCCAAUGCCGUGCUUCAACGUCAUUUAUAAGUUUGCUCAUACCGGAUAUAAUCUAGACUUGUGACCAGCCUGCUUCUGCGUAUCCUACUAAACGG